AUGCACCGUUCUGCCUCGGGCUCGAGCGACCUCAGCACACUGAGCGAGGCUCCCAAGGCGACUUCGACACCGGCCCUGGCGGCUCCUGUUUCCCGUCAUUGCCCUUUGACGAUGCAUCACACGCGCAAACCGACAGGUGGACGUGCGCCGGGUGUACGGUGGCUUCGGUUCGGCAGAUCCUCGACGCCCUCCUCACCUGGGACUACCUCCCUUCUGCCUCAUGUGCAAGGACCCUUCUUCCGAGACUAUUGCAGCGGCUCGAGCCGGUACUGCUCCUCUGCCCUGGUAAACGCGCUCAUCGCGCUGGCAACCCGGGUGGUCCACGAGAUCAGCGACGAAGCGGAGAGCCCGGGCCUGGCUUCAAGUGCGGAAGCAAACCACUUUCGACAAGGCCGAGGCCAUUAUCCGCAGAACCGGCCCUCGGCCAACCUCCCAGAUAUACAGGCCAUCGGGAUUCUCUCGCUCUACCAGAUUACCUGCGGGCGCGAGGCCGAAGCUCAAGCGCUUGCCGACUCCUUUGCCGCUAGGAUAGUCAAUCUUGUCCUCAAGAGCCCUGAUGGGCUCCGAGGCCGAGAAUAUGCCAAAGUUUGGGCUACUUCCAUACUUCGUCUCACGACGGGCCAAGUCUUCACCAUGUCUACGAGUUGCAAGCUACAAGACGACUCAAUAUUUCUAGACCAAUCCGCCUGCAGUGCCGAGUACCUGUUUGGCGGCCAGUGCGGCAGCGGAACUACACCAGACCCUGCCCUGAAAGCACGCGGCUCGCAACUGCGCAAUCUACAGCUCAUUCCAGCAAGAGUCUUCCAGCUCACGGAAUGGGUGUACAAGCUCCUCUCAUCAGCAACCCAUACCCCAAACGGACGAUUCGACACAGCCGAGGUCAUGGCAGUGUAUACCGAGUGUCUCGAUUGGUACGAAGGAUUCUUCUCCCUACCCAAAACCGGCGGCAGUGACACCCCCUUUGUACUCUUUAUCCACAUGUACUAUCAGUUCUGCCUACUCUGCCUGUUCCGCCCUCUCGCCAACCUUGUCCUGGCUGAUUCCGACGUCCGACCCCGCGAAAUCUGUCUCCAGGCUGCGGACUCUAUCCUCACCCUGUCGCAGUCCUACAGCAGGCUCUUCACCCUUAGACGCGUCUCCCCAUUCGUCCCCUAUUUUGUUUGUGCCUCUGCCCUAAAGUUGUCCUUGGCGACCAUCUCGGAUGUUUCAAGCGUGGACGGGUUUAGCACCUAUCAAGACGUGUCCCCCUCCCCGACUGCCGCCAAAGUGCCCAUAAUGGCCCACGCGAGCCAAUUGCUGGCAGAGAUGAGCUCCAACCGUCGAAUGGCCUCAUCCAUAGAGAAGAUGCUUCGAGGAUAUCUUACCGAUUUAUGGUGA